AUGCCAAAAGAUACGAGCGACGGCCCGCUCGGCCACAGAAAAGGGAAGAAGACUGGUCCUCUGCCAGUCUCGACGCCUGACCCCACACAAGAUCGGCCCCGCGCGAAACUAUACGCGCGCAAGUCGACGGGCGGAUCCCGCCCCCGUCCCUUCGUGCAAGUGCCCGCACUUCCCGUUCGAAAAUCGCAGCCUCCACCCACGCUGGACGCACGUCCGCCGAUGGCAAACACCGCGCGCACGGUCACCAUCGCGCCGUCUUUGGGUCCCGAAGACAACUCUGCUGAGGGCGGCCCCGGCGGGUCGGGUCCCGGCAGCGUACCGCGAAGGCGUCCUACGGGAAAAUGUCAACUCUGCGCUCUCGAUAAUAUAAACUGCACGUCCUUCAACGCAAAAGCGACCUCCACUGCCUGCGAUCAGUGUAGGAAACGGCACCGCGGGUGUUCUAAUGCAUUGCCAAGAGGACGACAUACGGCCAUAGCAGCUGAGGUGACACGCAGGAAGGGACGCGGAAGUCGCGCUGAAGGGGGUCGGGGCGGCCGUCGGCCCCGGCCAGCGCCGGGGACCAAUGCUCCCAGUGCGCACACUCAGAGGGAGCGUUCUCCGCCGCCCCCGCCAGCCCCGGGGACCAUUAAUGCUCCUGCGCGGACUCAGAGGCCGCCUACUCAUGGAGACUUCGAGCCGUUCGUCAAGGCAAUCAUAGGAGGCCUGGAGGGUCUGAUCAAGAAAUCCGUGAAGGCGGAACUCGAAAAGUGGGAGCGCGAGCGUACCAGAUCCCGUCCUUAG